AUGAGCGGUAUAUCAUCAGUGCUGGACAAGGGAAGCAUUCUACCAGUUGUUAGAGUUUGUUUCAGAGCAUCAAAUGGUCGAACACGCAAAUGUCCUCAUCGACAGCGGCGCAGGUACAACAGUAAUUCGAAAGGAUUUUGCCCGAUCACUUGGUCUGCAAGGCAAACGAGAAAAAUUGAUCUAGCCGUUGUUGGAGGAGAAAGAGUUGAACAACCCCAAAGCAGAAGAGUGACCUUCUCAAUCUCAUCAUUCAACGGAGCCGAAGAGCACAGAAUAGAAGCCCACGAGAUCGAGAAAACCGUUUUUAAGUGUCCCACGUUUGGAUCGUCCGUGGUUGAAAUCAUUUUGCACACCUUCGAGACAUCGACUUCUCGCAUAAAGCUGGUCCAAUCGAUCUUGUCUUAG